AUGGCCUCCGAGGGCAACAUCGUCAAGGGUCCCGCCUCGUCCGCCGGAGCAGACGGUGGCGAGGCGCCGCAGAGCAGCACUCAGAAAACAGUCGAGCGCGGUAGCGGCGGCGAGCACAAGAAGCGUAGGAAGACCCGCAAGGAGACUUUCUCCUCCUACAUCUACAAGGUCCUCAGGCUGCUCCAUCCCGGGCUGGGCAUCUCGAACAAGGCGAUGCUCGUCCUCAACUCGUUUGUCAACGACAUCUUCGAGCGCGUCGCUACCGAGGCGUCGAAGUUGGCGAGGUAUAACAAGAAGGCGACCAUCUCGUCGCGCGAGAUCCAGACUGCUGUCCGCUUCAUCUUCCCCGGCGAACUCGCGACGCAUGCCGUUUCGGAGGGCACCAGGGCUGUCAUGAGGGUGAGUCGGAGGAGCAGCGGCAUGUUUUUCCUCCACUUGGGCUGA